GACAGCUUUUUUGACUGACAACAUCUUUCAUCGGACAGUUUUCAAUCUCAUUUUUGUAACCAGAAGUACAGCUCAUUCUUACCUCCUCCAGAACUUUUUUUUUUCUGAAGCACCAUAACGUCUCUGAGUGGUAACGAUAAAUAAUUUUUCUUUUAAUUGUGCCGAAACUCCAAUAGAAGGUGAAUGUCAUCUCUCAUCAUUUCUUGUGUUGGCUUUGAAAUUGCGGUGUCUAACAGAAAAUCUUAAAUGUGAAGAGUAUCGCGUCAUAUUGUGGCUGUGAUGAAUCGUUGACAUGGAUCAUGGACCUGACAGGUUCCUGCCAUCUCGCAAAAUGCGCCGGAAAAAAUGAUGAAGUGAGCGCGCGAACUUGCAGUCCUUUAUAAUGUUGGGAUGGACCAUUCUCUUCCUUGUUGUUGUCGCCAAGACAGAGGCGCAGUCGUGCUCACCUAUUAAUUUUACUGCAUCUGGUCGAGAGGUGUUAAAAGAGCUGACAGAGCCUUGUCGUUAUGAUUUAUGGGAAAGACCCCAACCAGAGAAUGGUCCAACCAAGGUCACAACCAGAAUUUAUGUUUACUUUUUGGGAUCUGUGGAGGUUCAACAACUUCAUUUCACUGCUCAUAUUCUGAUACGUUUUCGAUGGUAUGACCCAAGAUUGAUUCACAAUGCAACUGCAAGCUUUCAAGGUGAGAAUGAUCUCAAAAACAGAUUGUGGACACCGCACAUCUACAUUGUCAAUGAACAUGACUCGCAAGUAAUGGGUGUAAAUAAAGAAGAUACAUUAAUAACUGUACAACCAGAUGGUUAUGUCUUGUACUCGAAAAGACUUAAGGUCACUCUCCUUUGCCUGAUGGAGUUGCAAAAGUUCCCAUUUGAUGAGCAGAAGUGUCCACUCAUCCUGGAGAGUUGGAUGUACAAUACAACACAGCUAGUGCUUUCGUGGGAGAAGCGAUCCCCAGUUGUCGUCAAUAGCCAUUUGCAGAUGACCGAAUACAAUUUGGUUGCCAUGUGGACUAAUGUUAGCGAUGUUGUCUAUUCGAUUCCCGAGCAAGCAACAUCAGAUUUUGACAAUAUACACCUCUACGGAAAAUUUGCCGGCACUUACAGUUCCUUAACCGUAUAUUUCCAACUUGAACGAGAAGUUGGUCAUUAUAUUAUGGAUUACUAUGUUCCCAGUAUUUUAUUAGUAGUUGUUUCAUGGGUUUCCUUCUGGUUGGAUCCAAACGCAGUUCCCGGACGAACUACCUUAGGUACAAGCACAAUGUUGACUUUUAUAACACUUUCGAGAAAUACUGGAAGCUCUUUACCAAAAGUCUCCUACAUCAAAGCAACUGAAAUUUGGUUCCUAGUUUGCACAGGGUUUAUUUUUGGCUCUUUGGUUGAGUUUGCUUUUGUCAAUACUAUUUGGAGAAGGAGGAACAAUAUUGAACUGAAAAAAGUAACAAGUAAACAUAUUUUGAAAUCAACACUGACUCCUCAGCAAAAAAGACGACUUAGUAUGCACGACUCCCACUCGGGAUCCCUUCCAUCAAUGAUAAAUGGAAUCAAUAAGCAAUAUGCAAUGGAAAAGAAAAUGAAGAGUGAGACAAAUCUCAAUUCUCUGAAUGCCUUCAGUCACGACCCAUUUCCGUCCUCACUGUCCAGAAGUACCAUUAACAUUCAAGUCACUUCUUGCGAUGGUGAACCGCAUGCUGCCAAGACAUUUUUCACAAUGACUCCUCAAGAAAUCGCUCAAUGGAUUGAUCGAAGAAGUCGCCUAUUUUUUCCUCUCGCAUUUCUAGUUUUUAAUUGCCUAUACUGGACAUUUGUUUGGAUGUAAAGUCAGAUCAAUAAAAGCAACACCACACCAAA